UGCUGUGUCCUGCAGCUGCCGCCGCCCCACCUCUCUCUUUGGUUGGUCCGACGGCUACCACCGCCGUGUCCUUAGCUAUGGGACACCGUCGACUUGCUCUACUGGGCUUGGCGGUUGUCGUCCUGUUCGCAGUUGAUGGUGCUGCAGCUGCUUCAAAGGGUGCUCCACGAGCAGGAAGUCAACAACGCCGGUCGACGAAGGCCUCACGCAGCAGCCGUCCCAGCCGCAGGGACAUUGACGAGGAUGAGCGAGAGUUUCAGGGUUGGGACGGCGAGACUAAAAAGGGAACAAGGAGUUCAUCUAGUAGCAAAUCUAGCCGAGCAGCACGUGACGAUGGGUCGGUUGGCAGGCGUGUGCGGCCAUCGUCGACACCAGGGUCAUCUCGGUCGAGCUCGAGAUAUCAGGAAAGCGGGACAUCGCGACGCAGGAGCCGAGGGAUGGAGCUGGUGCCUAGCAGGCGUAGCCCACCUAAGAGUAGCAUGCUAUCAGGUUUGGCAGCUACGAUGAAAGGCAAGGCUGCGUCAAUGCAAGAAGAUGCCAAGGGCAAGGUGACGGAAUGGAGGAACAUCGCAAAGACGACGGUGUGGUUUUCGAGCAAGAUGGAGAAGUUCAUGAUCCAAAUGACAUGGCCGGAUGAUGGAGCUCUCGACGAUGCCUGGGUGAAGGACACGAUGAAUUUUCUCGAGAGCGCUGGGAAUGAGCCUCCUCGCUCGCCCAACAACCCCAACAAGCGCAUACUCCGGAAGCUAUGGUUGAGGAUGACAGAAGGAGACUACCGAACCAAGCUGAAGGCGUUACAGAUCUUGCACCACACCACGAUGGAUCUCAGCUCAGAAGCCAACGGCCGGGUGAGGAACCAGUUCAUGAAGAUGAGGGACGAAACGAACCACAAGAAUCGCAAUGAGGUGUACUUCGAGCCUGCGCGCAUCAUGGACGUUACCAGCUCCGGUAUGCCGUUUCUACCGCUUCUGCGGUCCUACUCUUCGUUCACGUUGAGGAGAAUGACUGAGGUGCAAGGCGGGCCGAAACAGAUAGCGUCAACGCUUCGGAGCAAGAAGACCUCGCAACCGGAAGCCGUAGCGCUCCUUCGACGCUUGGACAAGCUCAUAUGCACCGGGAUGGGUUGCAAGGUGGACCGCAAGACCUUGAACACGAUCACGGGGCAGGUGAUGCAACUUACUGCGAGAGACUUGAUGACCUUGUGGAGACUAUACGUGAAGGGUCUGACGAGGUUGAUCAAGGGCGGGUACAAGGAAGGAAGAACGCCUGCGCCGGAGGCAGUUGUGCAACUUCUGACCCAGUACGGUAAAACCCAACAGGCUUUGGAAAGGUACUUGACACACUUCAAGAAGAUCGUUAGGGACCGGAGGCUUUUUGAGGACAACCAAGUUGACCCGGCCGCUUUACAAGUGUGCUUAGCGUCGGUGACGCAAGCGGAUGGCCAGGGUGCCGAGGCCGAGGAGGAGGAGGACGACGAUGACGACGACGAAGAGCAAGAAGAAUGAAAUAUUGGCCAACGUAACUACUAGGGUAAAGGAUCGGGAGUCGUUUUCUUGGGACCCCAACGGUUAGAGCGACACCGAGGAGGUUUGGAGCAGCACAGCGCAGCACCGGCGCAACGUUGUUUAUCUUGAACUUCAUUCUUUGAAGACAACAGCCCCUACCGCGGACGGAAAAUAAGAGAAACUUGGACACUGGACACUGGAGGAACACUUAGAAUGAUAGAGAGACGUGGAAUUUCGUUACACCAAGAACGUCAAGCAAGCCUCCAGCUACACCUAGCACUUUGGAAGAAAAAACCAACAACAUGGCCUUGUCUGCAUUGCACUGAGGCACACUCCCGCAACCGGGGAACCGAAACCUUGAUAGCUUUCUCUUUUACUGUUCAACGAAGAGUUACUUUUUUGAACGUCGCUCUGGCUCGAAGACAGCCGUGACUUGGUCCUGGGAAACCUGCUCCAUGCUGCCGCAUUUCCAG